AUGUCUGUAUUUUUGUUGCAGUCUGUAGGCAUGACGUGGCACUUAGAAAUCACUCAUAAAUCUUUCUUCCUUAUGGCAUUUCGUCUUUUUUUGUUUUUGUAG